AUGUAUAGGCUUCCUUUACAAAGGUCUGCUUUACGCUAUCUACACUGCCGUACAUUUAAUAGACUGCUGCCGUCACCACCAUUGCGCGUGUCUCGAAUAGUAGUGAAGGCAACACGACCCGCAGCCGUCUUAUCUAGCACCACUACUUUACUCAAUAUCUCUGCACUUCGUUUUCAUCCAGUAGACCAAAAAGCAGUUCGUAUUGGCUCCAUAGCCAAUCCAGCUACACCUGCCGAGAUUGAAGAUGCCGAGCUUAACCAUCGUUCACGUUUUGCUAUUGUGCGCUUCCUUAAACGUAUACUGAAUUGGCUAGACGAUCAUGUGUUGGAACCUGUCUUGACACUGCGGCGAUUGAUACAUAUCUUAAUUCUAUUUGUGCCGGUUGCAUUAACGUCUCCCGCUGUGUUUUUCGGCCACAUGGAUGAAGAGGGAGAAAAAACAGGCACUUUAUGGUGGUAUGAUUUCCUUGCUUCUCAAAUGGAAAGAGCAGGUCCUACUUUUAUCAAGUUGGCACAAUGGAUUGCUUCAAGAACAGAUUUAUUUCCACUGGCAUUAUGUUCUCGCUUAUCUAAAUUACAUUCAAAUGUCGAUCCACAUCCAUUCAGUUAUACACAAAAAGUAAUUGAAGAAGCUUUUGGCAGACCUCUAGAUCAAGUGUUUUCAGAACUGAAUCCCGAGCCCUUGGGAGUAGGUGCUAUUGCUCAAGUCUACAAGGCACGCUUACGACCUGAUAUUCUUAUGCAUCAUCCUUCUGAACAAUUAGCGCUUGAAUCCAAUGUAGUUACCUCAGAUUCUGUUCAAGCAUUAGAUCAUCAAGGUCAACCAGUUGUAUUACAUACAGCAGUAGCUAUCAAGAUUCUUCAUCCUCGCGCACGACAGAUUGUACAACGUGAUUUGACAAUCAUGCAAUGUGUAGCUAAAUUUUUAACGUUGAUACCCACAAUUGAAUGGCUUUCUUUACCAGAUGAAGUGCGUGUUUUUGGAGAAAUGAUGAAGGAGCAACUUGACUUGAGAGGAGAAGCAAGAAAUUUAAAGCGAUUUAACGACUAUUUUGAAAAUACAAAGGAAGUUAAGAUCCCUAAACCCUUGGCAGCUUUUACAACACAAGACAUGUUAUUGGAAGAAUAUGAAAAGGGAAUUCCAUUAGAUAUCUUUUUAAAUCAAGCUUCUUUUACCAAAAAAAUGGAUAUUGAUCCUGUUUAUGACCAUAAGAUUGCUGAUAUUGGUUUAGACGCCUUUCUUCACAUGUUGAUUUUCUACAACUUUAUUCAUGCAGAUCUUCAUCCAGGCAAUAUCAUGGUUGAAUUCUAUAAGCCAUCUGCUCAUCAUCCACUUCAAGUAGCUUGGUCUAAAUUACUCGGCCGGGAACUCAAAGACGAAGGAGAAGCAGCCGUUAAUCGCAUUUUGGCUGUGAAGCACGACCCAGAAGCCAUUCAACGCGAACUAGAGCAACUCAAAAAAGAAGGCUAUUCGCCCCGCCUUGUUUUUAUCGAUCUAGGCCUAGUGAAUGAACUGAAUGCAGUCAACCGACGUAAUUUUUUGGAUUUGUUUGGCGCAAUUGCUCAAUUUGAUGGAUAUCGUACGGGCGAAUUGAUGGUCGAACGCUGCAAAACACCUGAGAAAGUGAUCCAACCUGACGUGUUUGCUCUCCGUAUGCAAAAGCUAAUUCAACAUUUGAAACAGCAUACAUUUCAUUUAGGUGCCGUCAAGAUUGGAAAUUUGUUACAUGAAACAAUGAAUAUGGUGCGUGCUCAUCAUGUUAAGAUGGAAGGAGAUUUUAUCAAUGUGGUGGUGUCCAUCAUGUUGUUGGAAGGAAUCGGUAGACAGUUAAACCCCGACCUUGAUUUACUUAAAAAUGCCUUGCCUGUGCUACGCGACUAUAGUAUCAAAGAAGGUGGUAAAGCAUUAGAAAUGAAGGAUACUCAGAUUGGAAAUGGGCACUGGAUUAAAGUAUGGAUCUUUCUUGAGCUUAGAAGCUGGCUUGGAAGAAAUACGCGUGAAGAAGAAUGGCUCAAAUUAUGUGAUAUUCUUUGUCCUAAUAAUUAA